UACCGUGUUUUACCUGAGCUUGCUCCAUUUAAAAUUAAAGUGUACAAACGAAUGAAUAAUUCACCCAAGAAGCAUGUCAGCAAUACAGAGACGUAAAAGGCGUGGUAAUGCAUCAAGAAGAGAAGUCAAUCCAGAAGAAAAGUUGAAGAAAGCGAUUGAUUCAUUCAUGAAAACAGUCACUACGCUUGAUGAUGAGUUGACACAGCACUGUGGACUGUGUGCCGAUGCAAACCGACCCCUAGGGAAUUUAAGACCAUUGAUGAAGGCUCUAGAAAUAUCAUGUCAUGGUAUUCCUUGGAUUUUCGGUACCAUAGCAGUCCUAGUUACAACGCACAUACCAGAACACUUUGAAAUUGCAGUUAAUCUAUUGAUAGUUCUUCUUGGAGAUUUGGUAAUUGUAGCACUGAUCAAAAUUCUUUUUCAAAGGCAGCGACCACAACACAACAAGAAUGACAUGUUUGCCACAGUAUCAAUAGACCACUAUGCAUUCCCAUCAGGCCAUGCAACAAGGGCAGCCAUGUUGGCAUAUUUCUUUGCAGAAAAAGUCUUUGCAGAUGCAGCAACAAAAGGAGUAAUAAGUUUAUGGGCUAUGUUUGUGUGUAUGUCUCGUGUUUUGUUAGGAAGACAUCAUGUGUUAGAUGUACUAUUUGGUAUUAUUAUAGGAAUUUGUGAAUAUAAAGUGUUAGCCUUGUACUGGUUACCUCAGCAGCUGUGUUUGAGUAUUUUAGAACCAUUUUUUGGUCAUUUUCAUUUAUAACAUUAAACUAUUAUAUAAAUUGAAAAAAUGUUUAUAAAUAGAGAUGUGCAUUUUUCCAGUAUGACAAUGUAUGAUACAAAUGAUUAUUAGACAUUAUAUUUAAAAUGAAAAUAAGGUUACUGUUAAAAUAUACAUAUAAAUUACAAUAAAGAAGCUUAUCAUAUUAAAAAAACAAAAUCUCCUACUUAAAAAUUUGUUUUAAUAUAUAUAUAUUCCGGUGUGCUACCUCUCUAUUUCAUUUGGCCACAUCAUGAAUAUGUAAUAAUGUUGUAUGGUCAUAAAAGAUGAUAUUUUUCAUAAAAACCAUCAAACUGUCACAUGACUGUAUUUUUUCAUUUUUGUCAUUUAUUCAUAUUGGUACAUGUACCUGUAUAUCAAUGACAUUGUGGUUUUGAUACACAAUUGUCUC